AUGAAGCACAAAAAUUUGCACCACAUCAAUAUGUGCCGCAGUACGCUGCGGAUCAAUUCGUACCGCGAUAUAUAUCGCAUCAUCAAUAUGCACCACGCCCAUUUGCACCACACCAAUAUGCACUACACGAAUAUGCACCACAACAACAUGCACCACACCAAUAUGCACCACACCAAUUUGCACCACGGCAGUAUGCACCACGCCCAUUUGCACCACACGAAUAUGCACCACGGCAGUAUGCACCACGCCCAUUUGCACCACACCCAUUUGCACCACACGAAUAUGCACCACACGAAUAUGCACCACGCCCAUUUGCACCACACGAAUAUGCACCACACCAACAUGCACCACACCAAUAUGUACCACACCAGCUUGCACCACAGUAUUAUAUACCAAGAAGACCACCUAUACCGCGAGACCAAGCUCCCACAGUGGAAGGAUACAAGGAUUGGGAGCGUUCAGUUGCUGCUCACCAAUUUCAAGGCUAUAGGGACAGAUCGUACCGGACAAGGGGAUAUGAUGUGA